UCAGUCCUGCAAAGGAGACGGACUGAGCAAGAAAGUGAUCAUCACUGAGGUUGGCAUCAUGGGGGAGUGGUCCAUCCUGUCGGGUUUGUUGGAUAAGGUGCAGUCCCACUCCACUGUCGUGGGGAAGGUGUGGAUGAGUGUUCUCUUCCUCUUCAGGAUCUUCAUCCUGGCUGCUGGUGUGGAUAAAAUAUGGGGCGAUGAACAAAGAAGCAUGGACUGUAACACCAAAAGCCCUGGCUGCAGGAACGCCUGCUACGAUCAGACCUUCCCCAUGUCUCACACACGCUUCUGGGUUCUCCAGAUCCUCAUCGUAUCCACACCAACACUCAUCUACUUGGGCCAUGUCCUGCUGGUGAUUCGCAGAGAAGACAAGCUGAGGAGGCGUUUGGAGCAGAAGAUUGGGAAGAACGGGAUGGUUAAAACUCCAAAGUAUUCAGAUGAACAUGGCAAAGUGCAACUCAAGGGUGUCCUGCUGGUUAGCUACAUAAUGCAACUGCUCUUCAAGAUCCUGCUUGAAGCAGCAUUCGUCGUGGGCCAGUACUACCUCUAUGGGUUCAUAUUCAUGCCGACUAAGAUUUCAUUUCCUCACUACCCAUGUCCAUCACCAGUAGACUGCUUCAUCAGUCGACCCACUGAGAAAAGCAUCUUUAUUGUCUUUAUGCUGGCGAUGGCUGUCCUCUCUGUGAUCCUCAACAUUGUGGAGCUGUUCCACCUGAUCAUCUCAAAGAUGACUGACAAGAGUAGGAGGCGGGACUCUUUCCCUCCUGAGAUCUACAGUCUUAACAAGCCAAACCACAGUGAGACAGUGGCUCUUUGUUAAAGGACUUAUCGGACACACACCCGUCACUGUGGGCAGGCCAUAGGGGGCCGGGCCCGCCCUUAAAAAUGCUUGUGCCCCCCCACUUGAGGUUCAGAUCUCCUUAUUAUUACUUAAAAAAUACUUAAAUUUUUAUUUUAUAUUAUCAUAGUAGCUAAAUAAAUGACUUGAUAAAUACUAAUGUUGCAUUUUUUGUCAUUAAAACAUUAAAAAUA